AACCACUUCUUCCAUGAUGAAGGGCCUGGGAUUAGUGUUGAUGAUUAACCUGAUGAAGGUUUGCCUGAACAAUGGAUUCCAGAGUAAUCAUGGUAAUACACCACACGCACAAACGUGUGUGUCUGAUUGUGAGACAAACAUCCAGAACGCCAGACUGUCAUGUGAGGGUCAGAUGCUGCAGUGCGUACCCGACCCAUGCUGCCAAACAGAAACGAGGCACCUUAACAUGGCCAACAACCAUCUAACCCAUCUCAAGAUUCUCGCCUUCCAGAGCUUCCCAAGACUCCGAAUCCUGGAUCUGCGACAGAACGCCUUGGCUAACAUAGCACCGGGUGCUUUCAGCAACCUGAACCAACUGCAAUUGCUUGACGUACGUGCGAACAAACUGCGUCACCUCUAUGGUGGUAUGUUCAACGGUCUCUCCUCCAUCCAGAAGUUGUACCUCGCCAACAACGAGAUCGAGUCCAUAGCCCCUGGAACUUUUGCAGGCAUGACACAUCUCAUCAGCCUGAAAUUGAACUACAACAAAGUGACAACUCUGUACGCCAAUAUGUUUUUCCCGCUGCAGAGAUUACAGCGUUUGUACAUCUACGGGAAUCGGAUAUCGGCCGUCAACGAAGAAGCCUUCCGCGGUUUGGUAAAUCUAGUGACACUGUCUCUCGCGGAAAAUCCUUUCGUGACCCUUCCAAAUAUCUUACCAUACAUACCACAUAUCACUCAUAUUCGGCUAGAACAUGUUCGUCUCACCUGUGAUUGUCGACUAGAGUUCCUUCGGAUGUGGCUCAGAGACAACCUUUAUGAGGCCUAUGAGAGUUAUGCCUUAUGUCAUGGACCAGAACAUGUCCAAGGUACCCCAAUGUAUCAUAUCCAAGAGCCUCUGCCAUGUCCUACCAGAGACCGAAACCUUCCCAUCAGUCGGGAAGAUAAUGACCCAUCCCAUGUAGCCGAUCCCGAUGAAGCGGCAAGUCACACUUCUGUUCAACUUGAAAUACAUUCGGAAUCAGCAUCUGAAUAUAGUGAAUUUUUCGCUUCGUUUUCGGAACUGUCACACGGAUCCGUUUCUAAGACAAGUGUGACGUCAACUGAAGGAGGCAUAAGCGAGAGCGUACACGGGAGUGGUACAGUGAGAGCUGAUUCAGGUGCUUCCUCCACAGUAUCCAAAACACAUAUCCCUAUUGAACCAUUAACGCCUAGAGGAACACUAUCGCCAGUUGUUACAACUGAAUCACAUAUCGUAGCAAGUGAAACAAGGAGUGCAGAUGGGUUUACGCAUUUCACACCACCAACAAUGACCGAGUCCUCUCACAAAAACACAUCCAGAGGUAAUGUUCCAGAUAGUCCGAUCGUAAAUGAAACUGAUAACAGUUCAAGGGUUAAUGGAAGUUUCAACGAACUUCCACGUCCUACACAUCGGGCGGGCAGUAGGAAUCAUCCAGAUAGGAAUAACGGACAUCAACAUGGUCAUCGAGAUGAUUAUGUUACUACAACGGUUUCGUAUGAGACCACAGAUCCGUACAGAUCCACCCCGACACCAGCGGAAAUACCUCGAGGACCUCCUCAGUCAUGGGGUCUGAAAGGAUCCUCUGUGACAAUUCGCUGUCCAGUCCAUAUCCAUAACAUGAAUGACUCCAAGAUUAAGUGGCUUACGCCUCAUGGCAAGCUGAUUAUGUCGAAUGUAUCUCGCUAUGGUAUCACAAAGAGAGGGUCGUUGAUUAUCAAUAAUCUGCAGGCGUAUGACCACGGGACCUACCGAUGCAUCGUCCGCAAGGCGCUUAACAGUGUAAAAAUGUUACCGGCCAGGUUGACUCUUGCAUGCCCGUGUCAGGAAGAGGCACCGAAGAAACCGUCAUUUGAACCCAGUGUCAAUUCCUCCAAAGAGAAUCACUUUGGACAAGAUGCGGAUCCUCAUCAUGAACACUCCCACCCUCCAUAUGAUACCAGAUGCAGCCCUGUACCAAUGGUAGUUGCAAUUGUGACAACCUUCCAAGCCACUGUAGCCCUUUGCGUAAUCACAUUCUGCCUCUGCUGCUCCAAGAAUCUCAACUAUUCCCUGAAAGACCGGACCUGUACCGGCGUCCCCGAACCCAUUGCGGUAGUUCGCACUCGCGGAAAGUUUAACACAAGAUCGCGCGAUUUCGUACAGUCCGGCGAACCCACCUCGUCAUCUGUUCUGAGUUCGGGUGGAUCCGACUUCUACGAAGCACUCACCGAUCACGGGUUUUCCCCAAGGCAAGCGUCUUCAGUACGAUCUUACGAUGCGUAUUACGAGUCGCAUCCUGGAUCGGAGUACGUGAACUAUCGAAAGCCCAAGAACUACAUGUACAUGGUGGGGUAUAUGGACACCGGGUCUGGUCGCAGAGCCGUAGGGUACAGGUCCUCCACGGAAUCUCAGUGUGCCUCAAUCAAGGAAAUAACCAAUGAGAAUAUAUAUGUCAGCAAAGAUUGAUUCGAAC